AUGAUGAGGAUUGCGAUGAUGUCCGGGCUUAUCCCUAGGCAAUCAAUCACAGCCAUUGGCUGGAGUCGAGUAAAACUUUCUACCAACACUAUUGUCUCUAAAGAGGAUAAUUUUAAUAAUCGAGGGAUUACCAUAUUGACCCUUAAUAAUGGCAAGGUCAAUGCCUUCAGCAGGGAAAUGGUUUCCGCCCUUCAAGACAUGCUCUCGGAAAUAAGGAGGGAUCUCAGCGCUCGCGUACUGAUCAUUCGAUCUGCAAAUGAAAGGGUCUUUUGCGCUGGAGCAGAUUUGAAGGAGCGGAUGCAAAUGACUGAGGUUGAGGUUGCUUCAUUCGUCUCCAAGCUAAGGGCGACUAUUACUCAAGUUUCUACACUUUCUAUCCCAUCGAUUGCUGUAAUAGAGGGAAGUGCUCUUGGAGGAGGACUCGAGCUAGCUUUGGCUGCAGAUUAUAGGGUUUGUGCUUCUCAUUCACAAAUUAAACUCGGGCUUCCAGAGUGCACUCUUGGGAUUAUUCCUGGAGCUGGUGGAACCCAGCGCCUUCCCAAACUUGUUGGCGCAUCAAAUGCAAAGCGGCUGAUAUAUGGUGGAGAAAUUAUUUCACCCGUUGAGGCAUUGUCAAUGGGACUUAUAGACCAGCUUCACGAAAAUCCUUAUGAAGCUGCGAUGAUGUUGGCAGAAAAAUGGGCACACUAUUCUUCCCCAAUUGCUUUACGAAUGGCAAAGCUUGCCAUCAAUGGUGGUAUUGAUCUUCCACUAGCUUCUGGAUUAGCUCUUGAAGAGAUGUGUUAUGCCCAAGUAGUCCCAACGGAAGAUCGGAAGGAGGCAUUGUUGGCUUUUGCCGAAAAAAGGAAGCCGAUCUUUAAAGGAAAGUAG